AAUGUAUGCGUACAAACUGUCAAUUAAAUAUAAAUAAUAAAUAAAUAAAUAUUUCCAACACUCACACCAAUUAGCCUAGCCCCAAAGUAAGCAUUAUUAGGCUUGUGUUACGGGAUACUAGGGUAACGGAUAGAAUACAUAUACAGUUCAUAUAUAAGUAUAUAUAGAAAUACAUAUUAAACAUCCAUGACUGGAGUACAAAUCUCGUAUUCAUCACAUAAACAUCUGCCCCCACCGGGAUUCCAACCCGGGACCUCUCAAGUCGGCGACACCAUGAAACCCGGCGUACAAACAACUCGGCAACGGAGGUCGUCAAAGCAUAAUAAAGCAUAACUAUUCGAAACAAAUUAAGUAGUAGGUCAAGAUCUGAAGGUGGCAACCUGGAAAAAUCGAGGGAACUCUUUAAACUUUUUAUGAACGGAUCUUUAGUAAUUUGAUAUGUUUGGUAGUAUAUUUAUUUACAGUAUUACAAUACAUACAUAGAAAAUGAAAUUACAAUAACCUAAAAACUACUUAAUGUAUAAAAUUGUUACCUUAACCUAGUUACGAAUAAUUUAAAAUUUACAAAAUAAAAAAUAUGACACCCCCAGCGCCGCCGUCAGGAAUGGUGCCCAAUAGACUGGCAGCAUUGCCACAUUGAAUGGCCAGGUUGAUCGUUUACCAAGAUAGCUGCCAACAUUUUGGUCACCAGUUACUUCGGUGAGUUUCUUUGAUAAAUCCUUAAAAAUGGAACGAGAGCUUGGACCCCAUGGACCCAUAGUAUCAACAACAAACGGCACAAAUAUAUAGUUCUCACUGAGAGCUGAAUAUUUGCACCGCUUGGAAUACUCAGUAGCGGCCGCCGCCGCCCCCACAGCAGGGAGGUGCUACCUGUAUGGCACGGAGCAAGCGUAUCCGCGCAAGUUGCGUCCCAUACAAGAGGACGACUCUGCUUCCAAGGAAUAAGCGUCAUCCCGUCAGACCUCUUGCCAUCGUCACGAAAGAUACCGGUAGGCUCAAGGACCGCUGGCACGUUGACUGCGACAAGAAUUCUGCGGAUGACGUCAUUGAUGCAGGCAUGGCAGUGGGACGACGACGACUGUUAGUGUUUUCAGAGUGAUCUUUUAGCUUCUUCUGAAAGUGCCACUGAACCAAGCUCUACCUUCAGCCAAUAUUGGAAGUUUGCUUGGCAAGAGCACUCUGUCUCUGGCAAUAUCGCUUCGACUUGGUGUUAAGAUGAAUCAUCCCUAUCGUUGGCGUUGCGAUACUUGUGUUGGUGAGUUGGGACACCAUGCUCUCUCACACCAAAAGAGCGCUGGCUGACAUCACAAAAGAACUAAAAAGGUCAAUAUAUGACCACUAUUUUAUAUUUACCUAAUUAAAGUAAUGUUUCAUUGAUUAACGCAUUUUGGUUUUUAUUUCUCCUUUAUUUUCCCAAAUACUCCUAAAUACUUAGCCUUAACGGGGAAUGCUGGAAUAAACGAAAUUCAUUUGUAUCAAAAGCUAACAUUUGAAGAAUUUGAUUGAUGAGAUCCCUACUCGCGACCUGCUACUAGAAAGGAUGUCGUAAAGCCCGUUAGUGUUGUGUAAAGUAUAAUGAGGAGCAUUGUUAAAGGUGUAUGCCAGGUGGGAGGGAAUGGGGGCGGCUAAAAGCUUUGUAACAUUAGUUCCCAUCAACCGAGUUGGAGACUUACCAGCGCGGAUACAUACCGGCCUGUAGGACAGGGCGCUUGUUCGACGUACAAUUGCGAUUUAUUAUGGUGCCUCCACAAACAGCCUACAUCAGCUUGAGGAGGCCUGUUUGUGUUGGGUGAUUGUGAUCGGCUUUUGGCAUUUUGUUUGACGUGUUUGGCGUUUUUAGCAAACACCAAUCGUGUGGAGGCACCAGUAGACUAAUCUAUUUGCAGUUUUUUUUUUCAUAAAAUACCAAAUCUGUACAGAUUCUUUACCGAGAACUACUUCUUGAGUGGCUCGGUUUCGGUGCGGUAUCGUUUCGUUUUGGGUGCGGAAACGACGGGUCGGGGGGGUCGAAUGAUUCGGUAGCACUCAGCCUCGGUAGCACUUAGUACACAGAGAGUUGUGUAUCUGAAUCUGUACUAAAACUACUCAGUGAGCAAUCUCUGAUUUACAUGCACUUUGUAAAGAAUAUCUCGAUUCUGUACCGAAUCUGUACACUGCGUUACAGAAACGAGAAAGAAACGAGCCCGCACCAGCAAGGUGAGUAAGGCGCCUAGAAUAAGCAUAAGCGGUAGUAUCUUUUGAUUGAGCUGACUUCUAAGAAUACAGACCGCAAGUAAGAGAUAUUAAAUUCGGUUUGAUACCUUCAGAGGUUCCUGAGCAAAAGGGUAUUUAUAGACAGUUAGCCGAACGGAUUGAUGAAAGGACAACAAAAUUCUGGGUUCCGUUUUUUUUUGUUUGAGGGAAGAAAUCGUAUAACCCACAUUACAUAUAAAUGCUACUAUAUUAUAAAAACACUCAUUUAUCAUAUUACAAUAACUCAAGGCGUAGUAAACACUUAUCAGCGUAAAAAAUUCUUGGAUGUAUCACGAAAAGAUAUGAAAUAAUAAAGGUUUUCAAACAUCAUUAUAUAAGUACUUACAAUCAGAGAUUUAUCGCGUGUUUUUGUUCGGCCACACUUUCAUAAAAUAAUUAUUUUUAGUUGGAACACUAGCAUGUAAUAAGGUCAAAAUGUUCAGUUCGAAAAUUAGCGUUGAAACUUUCCCGUGGAUCAAGUGGAACAGUGGUAUGUGAACCAGUUUUCAAGGUCAUGUUAUUUCUCAUCUGGUCUGUGGUGCUCAUAGUAGCCCUGAUCUUAUACUACAAGAAGACCUACUCCGCCUUCUCGAAAUAUGGCGUGAAAAAUAUGACUCCAAUCCCAUUGCUGGGAAACGGUUUCAGCGUUUUAAUAGGGAGAGAGCAUAUAGUCGACAACUCGAUGCGUAUAUACCAGCAAUAUCCUGAGGAAAGGUUCUUCGGUCAAUACGAAUUCUUGCGGCCGUUGGUUAUAGUUAAAGACAUAGAACUCAUUAAACAGAUUACUAUAAAAGACUUCGAGUACUUUUUGGAUCAUAAAACUAUGGUGGACGGCAGUAUAGAUCCUCUAUUUGGAAGAAAUUUGUUCUCAUUGAAAGGUGAAGAAUGGAAAGAUAUGCGCUCUACUCUGAGCCCUGCUUUCACCAGCUCCAAAAUGAAAAUGAUGCUUCCAUUCAUUGUGGAAGUAGGCAACAGGAUGACUGAUACACUUAAGAAACAAAUCAAAGAAUCAAAUGAAAAGUACUUGGACAUCGAAGGUAAAGAUUUGACUACUAGAUACGCAAAUGACGUCAUCGCUUCUUGUGCCUUUGGUCUCAAAGUAGACUCGUUCGCCGAAGAAAACAACGAAUUCUUGAGAAUGGGCAAAGUUAUCACAAACUUUGGGUUAUCAGCUUUCCUAAAAUUUUUCAUGUUUCUUUACUUGCCAGUUCUUACGAAGAUGCUGAAUAUCAAAUUGUUUUCUGACACCACCGCAAAUUUCUAUAAAAACCUUUUCAUGAAUACUAUGAACGACAGAAUAACAAAUAACAUAGUACGACCAGACAUGAUCCAUUUAUUGAUGCAAGCUAAAAAAGGUAAAUUAGUGCAGGAAGAAAAACCAUCCAAAGAAGCAGACGCAGGUUUUGCUACUGUAGAUGAAUCUAAUAUUGGAACGAAGACUGUAAACAAGGAUUGGUCUAAUAUUGAUUUAAUAGCUCAAGCAGUUUUAUUUUUCCUUGCUGGUUUCGAAACAGUAUCUACUGCAAUGACUUUUGCUUUAUAUCAAAUGGCCGCCACUCCUGAAAUCCAAGAGAAACUUAUCCAAGAAAUCAAGGAAAACGAUAUUAAAAAUGGUGGAAAGUUUGACUUUCACUCAAUACAGAAUAUGACUUACAUGGAUAUGGUAAUUUCAGAGGUACUGCGAUUGUGGUCUCCAGCUAUAGCUCUCGACAGAAUAUGCACAAAAGAUUAUAACCUGGGAAGAGCAAACGACAAGGCGCCAAAAGAUUAUAUCAUGCGCAAAGGUGACUGUCUCCAGAUUCCGAACUGGGCUAUCCACCGGGAUCCCAAAUACUUUCCGAACCCCACAAAGUUCGACCCAGAAAGGUUUUCCGAAGAGAAUAAGCAUAACAUUCAACCUUUCUCAUAUAUGCCUUUUGGAUUAGGCCCUAGAAACUGCAUUGCUUCCAGGUUCGCUCUGUGCGAAGUGAAAGUGAUGCUGUACCAAAUCCUGCAGCAUUUCGAGGUGGAAGCUUGUGAGAGGACCUGCAUCCCACCAGAAUUUAUUCCGGGUCAAUUCAACCUCAACCUCAAAGGUGGCACUUGGAUACGCUUGAGGAUAAGACAAUGAUAUACCUUUGUUAUAUAAUCUAUACCUAUAACUACCAAACGUGAUUAAAUAACUGGCGAUAAGAAAAGAAAAACAUUUGUAACAGAAAAAAUUCC